CUCGCUGGCAUCUCUAAAUGAUGACAGGUAAAAAUACGGAUGUGGCAUAAUUACUGAAGAGAAAUGUUAGCCUAUGACUGGCAAACUUCAGCUAGAUGACGAGUAAGCCUUAGCCAUCCCAUGUUUCUCCAUGAGGAUACGAUAUAAUCCGAUGCUAUCUGAUCGGAUAUCAAAACACAGUCACUAUACAACGAUAAGCUCUGUCAGAAUGGGUCAUUCUUUCAUGUCAUUCAACACUGGAAAGGUUUCUUCUUCCAUCUGUUAACCUGUGCCAAAAAGAGGGAAUUUUUCUUACGUUGUCGCAUUAUCACUAAAGCACUUUGGCUACGUUCUGUAAAGCUCUUGCCAAGUAAUUCUAUGGGGAUAAAUCUUAAUUGAGAAGAACGUGUAAAGACGCUUGCUGUGUAAGAAAUCUGAGAUUACUUGUUGACCUAGCUUCCGGAUUUUUCGGAUCAUUUUCGUGGGUUUUCUCCAAAAAACAUACGACACUCUAAGUUUGGGGUCACAUAUCAUGCCAGACAGAAUUGCAAGGGUGGUAGAGUGAGGAUGUUCGGGAAACUGCAAUGAAUUAUUGUAAGUGGUUCAAAGUAUUGGUUGCGGUCUUGUCGGUGGUAAAAUUAAUCCGACUAAAGGAAACACCAGACUUGAGAGUAUUCCUCAAGGCAUGGAUACAACUAAUUCACCAGAGCAUGAAAAUACAAAUUCUUAUCCCUCCUCUCUGAUUAUGAUAAUUAACCCAGUCAUAUCAAGUGUUGUUAUCUCUUCUCCUCUGUUCACAGCUGCAGUGUAGUAACUUGUGUACUGAGUCACCAGGAAUGUUAUAUUGUUUUUUAUCGCAUAGGCGCUGUUUACUUACAUAACAAGGAGUGAAUUUCGAUUACUUGCCAAAAUAUUUUCGGAAGUUGUUGCUUCAUUGCCCAGACGGAUGCACGAGUUGCCCGGCCUUCUAUCACUGUUGAAGCAAUGACCAUAGAAUUGGUGUAUUUGAGAAGGAAUGUCGCUGUUUUGAUUAUCCUUACAGCCGCUGUAAUAUUCGCGGUAACAGCUGAAGGAAACGAAGGUACGCUAUUGUGAGAUUUGCAGAAGAUGUAUCGUGACUGAACGUAUAGCUCUCUUUCUUACUACUUACAUAGUCACAUUUCAAUGCUAAUUCAUAACACCAAAAUUGCAAUCAGCUGUUUUCUUGAACGAAAGAUACGUAAAAUGGAUUGCAUUCCUUGAAUUACCAAACUGUCCUUCAGGGGCUGGCCUCUUUGAGGAGACUAAUGGAUUUUGCGAGGAGACUUUUACCAGUCGAAAUUAACUACGAUGCACUCGCAAAUCUUUGCCAAGUAAUGGCUCAAAGAGAGAAAAUGCGGGAAUUUUAGCUUUGGGUGACGCGUUUCAUCAUACUCUCCAGAAAAUUAUUUGAAACUGUGCUUUUACAACACGUUUAUAAUUAACACAUCGUUGCUUCGUGUUUUCAUAAAAAAUCUACAUACCAAAAUGUUUUCAAAGUUCCUUAUAAAAAACAGCCAAAACAAACUUGUCCUGAUUAUGUAAAUGCCGUGUUUCAUUAUCGAAUGGCUCGUAAAUCUCUCCUUGGCUUUUCCGCCCACGGAAUACUCUACAUUUGGUAGUCAGAAAAAACAGGAAAAUCGCUAAUAAUGUGGGAGGGAUUACUGUUUUUUUCAAGAGACAAAACGUGUAGCCACGAAAAAGGAAACAAAUUGAACGGCGCAUAAACUUGAGGCGGUAUUAAGAAAGGCUAGACAGUGGAAACCGAUAAACAGAACCCUGCGGUUGUUUAUGUUUCCCUGUUAUCCUGUCAUUCAUACUUGCGAGGUUUCAUAGUCUGACCGCCGUUAAGAAGGUAUGGCGGGCACGUAAAUAUUUUAGAGAGGUACUUUUAAUUAUAAUUAAAUCAAGAUCCUCUUAGUGGAUUAAUGGAUUUGUUAUUUAUAAUAAUUGGAUUAAUGUAUUUUGCCAUAGGGGGGAGGGGAAAUCCCCGUCAUGGACUUAGUCUGUAGAGAGAGAUUUUCAUUUUGGGGUGGGGGGUAUAUCGCAUGCCUUAAUUUCUCAAGAGGUUUGGAAACGGGUUAUAAAAACGUCAUAACAUGUCACAUACAAGAUUGGAUGAUUUUGGACGCGAGCCUGAAAAACUGGGUUCUAGCUUUUGCUACGUGCAACGACAAACGUUUUUACUAAACUUAUGUUGUAACGAGGUUCCGUGAAACAGCUUAAAACAACUAUUUUGCGAAGAAAUUGUGAAAGACAGCCACACAGGUCAACCAAAUAUAAUUAUUUCUUUAUAAACAUGAUUCUGAAAUGACAAAAAAAAUUGAGAUUUAAGUUGACCAAAAGAGCAUACUUUGUUUGUCUUAUUUCUAUAGUUUAUAAUCCACGUGGAACGUCUACUAUAAACCCUUUACACUCUAACAUCAGAAAACAUAUUUUCCAUACUGUUUUCCAGACAUUUCCUUAGGUGCAGCCUAGGAGAAUUUGUUUAACAAUCAAGAGCUUCAGUUGGUGAUCAUUUCCUUGAUUCUUGUGACCUAGUAAAUGUUUGACUCAAGGAUGAUAUUGUAGGGGAAAAAGUCGCUUUUAGGGGUGUAAGGGCUCUUUACAUCUUGUCUAUUUGUUAUCAUUUUAGGAGAUUUGUUUAGAUCAGCACAAAGAGGAGCAACUUAUUGUGAUGUGGCCAUAAAGAAAUGCACAGCAAUGUACACAAAGAACUUAAAAGAUAUCACUUCUGAUGAACAUGUGUGUCUAAUGUUGGCAGCUUACAAACUUUGUCUUGUGACAGACGCAGCUUCAUGUACAAUGGACACUACAUAUCACACCCUUACUACUGUAGUUUCCCAGUUGUUCCAUGGUUUGUGUGUGGACAGCAGUGCAAACUAGAAGCAUCAUGAACAGUCUUCAUCAAUAGGAAAACUUUGAUGUGUAAAAAGUUAAAACACAACAAUUAUUGCCAACCAGCAGGAGUAACAAGUACAAGAACAGCACAAGAUCGUUUCAUGACUCAUGGGUUUGCUGCAGAUGUAACAGGCUCUCUAAUUUUUUUGUGAGAAAUGGGAUGGCUCUCCUCCCCUGAAUGUCCAUCAACUCUCAAAAAACUUUCUACCAAUACGUGCUACAGAUAGUUUCAAAAAAUUUAUAUGGGUUCAAUCAAUUUCCACUCCCCAUGUAUUAAGGGAGGGGGAUAAGGAAUGGAG